UCAGUUUCCAACAACCCACAAUUUAAAAUGAAGACAACCAUUGCCAUUCUGGGAAUUUUCGUGGCUAUCUUCUGCAGUCUGCAAUCUCCGAUCGCAGCUUGUGAUAUUGAAGUGGUCUAUAAUCAAGCAGUUGAGUUAUGUGACACCUUCUCCUUUUUCAACUUCGACUUUUGUGAGAGAUUUUCUUAUGACAUCAGCAACGAGAAAUUGGUGGAAUUGCUUGAGUCGGAAAAGGCAUCUGUCUGUAAAGCCCCACUUUUUUCGACAAUCUGUGCUGUUUGCGAUUUUUCAUCCAUAAUAUCCAAUAAUCAAAAUGUUACGAUUAACGGUACAAACCCAGCCGGAAACGCAUAAAACCCCUUGGAUGCCCCUAAUUUAGUUCCCUAUAUAGGAGUCUAAUAAAAACCAAGAUGAUAACAAGAAAUCAACCGAACCGGUAUAUUGAACAUAUAUAACUACACUAAAUCCUUCUGUUUCUAUACUUGGCAUGCCAGCCCUGAAAUAUAUUCCCCAAGCAUUAAAAA